AGAAACGUUUCGAGGUCAAGAAGGUCGGCAUCACACAACAGAAGGCAGGAUACAGAGAUAGAAGCUAACAUGACGCAGUGGAACGCGGUUGCUCUCUGGGCUUGGGAUAUCGUCGUCGACAACUGCGCCAUUUGCCGUAACCACAUCAUGGACCUCUGCAUCGAGUGCCAGGCCAACCAAGCCUCCGCCACCAGCGAAGAAUGCACAGUCGCCUGGGGCAUCUGCAACCACGCCUUCCACUUCCACUGCAUUUCACGAUGGCUCAAGACCAGACAAGUCUGCCCGUUAGACAACCGAGACUGGGAGUUCCAAAAGUACGGCCGAUAGACGCUCGCGAAGCCAUGGAGAGUUUGGUUCCAGCAGGGACAAAUAUGGGUCUUGGUUUCAUUCGGACGUCCGGCGUUAGUAGGGCCUUCACAAAAGGGCUAUGAGAGCAUGAAGAAGUAGCAGCGUAGGCGGUCAUCAUCGUCGAAUCAGAUUCCAUUACGAUCAUGA